GCUGGUCUUUCUGGUGGACAGCUGAUUGUCCGCCUUAUUAACCGUGUUUGGAGAGAGGGGGCGUUGCUUUUCUCCUUGUAGGCCACGCCCCCUUCGCCCACUCCUCUUCGGCGUGCCACGGAAGGUCUAAAGUGAUUCCUCUGGGAAGAAAAGAGCGCAAACCACGCGAGCUGGAGCUGCGGAGGAGCUGCACUCGCUGUCGCCGAGGACUGCCUCCUAAUUUGCGCCGGGGAAGACUCAGUGAAUAAAGGAACGGAGCGAAGGAGUGAUGUCACCUGGGUGUUUCUUCCUCGCGUGGACUGUUUGUUGCCAAAACUGACAUUUUGCAUUUGUUUUUUGUUUUUUUGUGUCAGCUUGCACCUUGAUCCGCGGGAGUGUCGCAGCCUUGUGUUCGCUCUCUCCACUCCCACCCUCCGCUCUCAUUGACACGAGGUGCGCACUGACAGCCUCUCGCUUCUUCCACAUGUCGCAUCUUUUGUUGACUUUGAGAAGCGCUAAAGUGAAAUAGAGCGCGCGACACUUGGCUACGGUGACAGCGCCUUCAAACGGAGCAGUGGAGUGAGAAAGAGAGAGAGAAAGAGAGAGAGAGAGAGGGAGAGAGACGGCUGAAGGUGCGUUUUGAUGUUCGGCAUCCACGACAGCAUCCACAGGAGUGGGAGUAGUAUGAAAGAAGAGCCCAUGGUGGCCGGCAUGAAUGCGGUUCGGACAUGGAUGCAAGGUGCCGGAGUGCUGGACGCCAACACAGCCGCCCAGAGCGGAGUGGGUCUGGCCCGGGCACACUUCGAGAAGCAGCCCCCUUCCAACCUACGCAAAUCCAACUUCUUCCACUUUGUGCUGGCUCUUUACGACCGACAGGGUCAGCCCGUGGAGAUCGAGAGAACCACCUUCGUUGAUUUUGUGGAGAAGGAAAAGGAAACGACAGGAGAAAAGACCAACAAUGGGAUCCAUUAUAGACUUCAGCUCCUCUACAGUAACGGGAUCAGGACAGAACAGGACUUAUAUGUGCGACUAAUUGACUCCAUGACCAAACAGGCGAUCGUCUAUGAAGGCCAGGAUAAAAAUCCAGAGAUGUGUCGGGUUCUGCUGACCCACGAGAUCAUGUGCAGUCGAUGCUGCGAUAAGAAGAGCUGCGGGAACAGGAACGAGACCCCAUCAGACCCGGUCAUCAUCGACAGGUUCUUCCUCAAAUUCUUCCUGAAGUGCAACCAGAACUGUCUGAAGAAUGCCGGCAACCCUCGAGACAUGAGGCGUUUUCAGGUGGUUGUGUCAACGACGGUGAGCGUGGAGGGUCACGUGCUAGCAGUGUCCGACAACAUGUUUGUGCACAACAACUCCAAACACGGGCGCAGAGCUCGAAGACUGGACCCGUCGGAGGGAACGCAGUCCUACCUGGAACACGCAACCCCCAGCAUCAAAGCCAUUAGCCCCAGUGAAGGCUGGACCACAGGAGGCGCUACAGUCAUCAUCAUCGGAGACAACUUCUUUGACGGGCUGCAGGUCAUUUUUGGCACCAUGCUGGUUUGGAGUGAGCUGAUUACCCCGCACGCCAUCCGAGUGCAGACUCCACCCAGACACAUCCCCGGAGUGGUGGAGGUCACACUGUCCUACAAAUCCAAACAGUUCUGCAAAGGCACACCUGGACGUUUCAUCUACACAGCGCUGAACGAGCCCACCAUAGACUACGGCUUCCAGAGGUUACAGAAGGUCAUCCCCAGACACCCUGGAGACCAGGAGAGAUUACCCAAGGAGGUAAUCUUAAAGAGAGCGGCAGACCUGGUCGAAGCCUUGUACGGGAUGCCUCACAACAACCAGGAGAUGAUCCUGAAACGAGCAGCAGACAUUGCAGAGGCACUCUAUACGACUGUGCCGCGAGGGCACAACCAGCUAGCCGGCCUCGGCAGUGGCUCUGUCCACGCGGGUAUGAUGGCCGUAAACUCCUUCACCGGGUCAGAGGUGGCUCAAACGGCCAAUCAGGGUUUCAGUAGGACAACAAGCAGUGUGUCCCCUCAUGGUUAUGUCCCCAGCUCCACUCCCCAGCAGGGUAGCUACAGCUCUGUCUCCACUAGCAUGAAUGGCUACGCUAACUCUGGCAUGGCAACCCUGGGCACCUCGCCCAACUUCCUCAAUGGAUCCGCAGGCAACUCACCGUAUGCUAUCGUCCCGUCCAGCCCCACCAUGGCGUCGUCCACCAGCCUGCCCUCCAACUGCAGCAGCUCCUCCGGCAUCUUCUCCUUCUCCCCUGCUAACAUGGUGUCCGCCGCCGUCAAGCAGAAGAGCGCCUUUGCCCCCGUCGUACGACCCCAAAACUCGCCACCCCCCACGUGCACCAGCGCCACCGCUAACAGCCUGCAAGAUCAGUCUUUUGUGGACUCUAGCAAGUACUCAUCAGCCAGCUCCCUGCAGGGCCUGGCCUUCUCCUGAACAAUUCCGGGGAUGAUUGUUCCACCAAUGUAGACGAUCUGGAAAAGAAGAAUGUUGAGCGGAACAAGACACGAGUGCGUGUUGGUUGGACUCCGCAGCUGAAAUGACGAGAAGAACUCUGUUCAAAACUCAGGCCUUUCCACACCACUGGGAUUUCGAAGACGGAACAACCUUUGCCAUGUCAUUUCUCUUUUGGUUGAAUUGGUGUCGCUUGGGGAUUCGUAUUCAUGAGAUGUAUCUUUGCUUAUUUGAUUACUGGAGAAGCCAACUGUAAUGUGCACAAACAACAGUCGAGUGUGAAGCUUGCUCGGUAGAAACACACACACACACAUACACACACACACGCGCGCGAAUAAAACAAAAUGAAAGAGCAUAACACAGCGAUCCUAUUCUAUUUAUGCUGUCUGAAUUCUACUAAAACUGUGACCGCGAAGCUUGUCACAGGAGUUGAAAAAAUACGAUGUGAUUCUUUAGCCAAAAAGGGUUUGUAAAAACUUGAAAAGUCCGAUGACGAGUGUGUCCAGCCAGCACUGUACUGAAGGAGUCAAGCAAAUAUUACAUUAGAAUAAAUGUUUGAUAUAUUUUUGUAUAUAAAAAAGGUGAUUCUUUUUGUGGAGGGGUGGUUAGUUUCAUUUGGCUUUUUUUUUUCUUUUUUCUCUUUUUUUUUUGCAUUAGCUCUGGUUAAAAAGAAAUGUCUUAAGGCAGCUUCUCAGUACAGAAGAUUUAGAGAUACAACAAGGAUUUGGAUACAAAAAAAGGGGUUUGUGUAAGAUAUCCUAUAAAUACUGUAUUUAUCCCUUGUAUUUGUACAUCACCUUUGUUUCAUUGUGUUGUGAACAUACUUCACCGUGUUUUGUUAGGAUUCACUGUCGUCUCACUAUUUAAAUGUGACUUUUUUUUCUCCUUUUUUUUUGGUUUUGUAUGGGACUCACCAACACGCCAUUGUCUAUUUUUGUAUAAGUUAAUAAAAUGUGUCCGUUGUUGUUGUUUUUGUUUUGUUUUGUUUUUGGCUUUUGUUUGUUUCCUCAUGAAAAUGUUUAUUGUAUGGCAAAAAGUAGCAUCUUAUACAGAGUAUUUGUUUGAAGUAGAUUUUUUGAAGAAUAUAUAAACACACAUUAAUAUAUACUGUAAAGCUAUAUCUUUUUUGUUUCCUUUUUUUUCCAGAUUGAUGCUGUUAAUAUGCAUGGGCUCUUCUCUUGAGUGGCACUGUCCUUGUGUGCGUGUGCGCACACAUUCUCCUUUCCUUCCCCAUGUUAUUUAUUCCCGCUUACAUACGGUAUCUCUACACUCUUGUUUUCUAUCCCUGUAAUCUUUACCAGCAGUCUAGAUGCCUUAACAAUGCAAUCCCAUUCUUCAUUCAAUCACGUGUACAGUUUUCUAGCCUCGCCGCAAUUGUCUCUUUGCCACAGAGGAAUUCGUGGGAACUUGGUGGACAAAGCACAAACAUACACGAGAACACAAAGAGCCAUAAUUCAAAAACAUUUGAAACGACAGCAGCGACAGCACGUCUUGUCUUGCUUCGAGAAAUUCUUUGACCUUAUUGAGCUGUUUAAUUGUACGUAGCACAGUGACGCGCUGCCACAGCACAAUCUUAUCACACGGAUGGAAUAGCAGUCCAGACUUGAGUAGCCAAUGCCUGUGUCAUGAACACCACAUGUCCACUCCACAACUUACAUGGCUUCAUUACAAGCUAAGCAGGAGCUCAUAUCUGUUGUCUUUUUUUUUUUAAUGAUUAGUGUGUGUGCGUGCGUGUUGAAGCUGUUGCCGGAUAGACAGAGUGACAGAGAAUGAGGCUUUUCUUUCUGCUUUUCUGGUUUUGUUCAGGAGUAUUUGAAGAGAGAGACGCCCGCUGACAGAUGAGUGUUUUCAGGCACUUGGGUUGUUGUUCUCCGCGAGGGGCCGCGCCAUAUCUGUUUCACAAACACACCACAGAGGUCUAUUGUCAUACACAAAUGAAUGGCUUCUUUGGAAACUUAGCUCCAUCUCCAUUAUGAUUAUUGGUAACGUUUUGUACAACGAAAAUGACAGAUGCAAACCAAAUAGCCAGUGUCUAUUUUUUUCUUCUGUUUUUUUUGUUUGUGUGUUGUUGGUGUUUUUUUUUUUUUUGUCUUGGACUGCAAAUACACUCAAAAGCUCUAAGAGAAGAAAAAAAAAGUCUACUGUAUAGAUUGUUAUUGUUUUUGAUGAGCUGUAAGAUAACUUUUGGACUCUUCACAAUGUUGAAUUAAAGUUACCUCUUGUCUGUGA